AGUACUGUCUUCCUUGUGAUUAUUUCGUUUACCGCUUCCCCGAGUAGCCCGGACGAGCGCUAGAUUCCUUAGGCUCUCUUUUGUUAUCUAUCCUCUCUCUGCUCAAUCCCCUCUUGAUUUGAAUGAUGCUUAUUGUCAUGAUAUAAUAUGUGGUUGUAGGAGACAUGACUCCCUCUCGUUGUAGACCAUGACUUACCGUAAGAGGAGCCUUUAUCUCUCGCUAGUUGUCCAACUUUGAUGCUGAGAGACGAAAAAAAUGCAGAGUGUUACCUCUUCGUCCUCGUCUUCUAACCGGAGAUCAAGGUCCAGACCGCUUUCGUCUGCGUCCACAAAAAUCAGGAAUUUGACGUCCUCUUGGCCGUUCAGCAGGAUAAAGAUGAAGAUGUCGCUAUCCUCCGCAGACGAACAACAUGCAGCUGGUGCAGCAGCGCAACAUCCCUCAAGAAGAUCUUCUAAACCCUACUCCUCCAGCAUCAAGCUGCCCUCAUUCUCUACCAAAAAUACAACUGCUGGCAGCACAUCAACUUGUUUUACCCUUCUCCAUUCUCUCUUUAUCAGCUACUUGGUCGCCCUAUUUUUCCAAAGUAGUUGCACCACCACUACUUUGGUAUCGGCCUCAGCAGGCAUCGCGUCUAUGAAUGGACCGCCGUCUAAGCUGGUUUCUAGUGCUGGCGCCGGCAUGCGUAGAGAGCGAAGAGCCUCUCAGAUCUUCGUUGUGGAGAUGACUCCAGCACCUUUAGAUGAAAUUUUGGAGCAGAAAUUACGACCAGCCAUCACAGAUCCGGAUGUGGAGAGGGACACUGUCUUUAAGGGUAGGUUAAAGGUGCUUUUCUUACCGCUUUUUAUGCCUCUCCUAAGGGAGAAAGGCAUAACAAGCGGGGUAAGCGAGCACCAAAAGCCUACCUCUAAUGUCUACGGUGAUUUCGAAGACGAUGAGGAAGAGGAGGAGGAAGAAGAUUUGGAGGACGUAGGAGCAGGAGUAGGAGGUCAAGAUGUUGAACAGCUUGUUGUAGAUGCUGCAGGGCAGGAACAAGGUGGAGGAGAUGUCUACGAUGUUCUAAAUAGUGGGAGUCGUGGGAGUGCUGCUGGAUCAUCUCCUGGUGCAGGAACAGGAGGAGGACAAGAAGGCCAAUCUGCUGCUGGAAGAAUACAUCAAGUAGAUAAUAGUACAGUUGCUGCUAGUACAUCGAGAGCAGAGGAUACAACUGCUUCUACUAUGACAACAGCAACUACUUCUGUGGCAACAGCAAAUAGACAAGGAGGUACUAAAAUACAGAAUAUAGAGAGGACAUCAAUGUCAUCACAAGUACAACAACAAGCACCAAACGCAGCUGGUGAACGAUUAGGCUUGUUGAUGGGACCUGGGCGCAAGCUGUUUGAGUGUGAAGUGCCUCCCCCACCAGGGGAUGACUUGGAUAGGCUCGAGACGUUGGCAAAAGCAAAACUUAACAUGCUCACUCAUGAGUGCGUGCCUUUGCCUCCGAAAGGGGAAAUGGAAGGAGGUACUUUUCAGAUUCAUGUCUCACAUGAAGUAGAAAUAGCUUGAAUGCUUAAGUAGACCUUAUGGAAGGUACUUUUCAGAUUCAUGUCAGAUGAAGAAAUAGUUAUUUGAAUAAGUAGGUACCUUUCUUAGAUGACAGCUUUCUUGGUCUUGGACGUGUCUUGAAGAAAAUUGAUAGUCUUUUUUUCAAGAUAUUUGUUAGUCCCAACUGUACCUUAUUACAACAACUUACAGGUGACAGCACUGGUGCUUCUGGUGACAGCGAGGAGAUAUGUUUUGUAGAUAAUAGCGCUUUAUUGCGACCCAGGUUGCUUAGUGAAGAUAGUGCGCAUCGUAGUACCAGCACUCCGCUUAAUACCGACCGCGACCGAGGUGUGUACGCGCGUAGCAUCUCCCUUUCUCGGGAUUCGGCACCCCUCCUAUCUGCAUCCUCAUCUGAGAAGGCGCUGAGUAUGAAAGCCCGGGUGGAGUUGAUUCGCGCUUUGUUGCCGGAAGACUUCGACGAUAGAUCAGGGCCUUUAGACAACAUCGGAAAAAUUGGGGCAUCGGGAACAGUUUCAUCUUCUACGACACCAGCAGAAAUAAGAAGAACCGGAGUAGAAAUAAGAAGAAAAGAUGAAGUAGUUGCGAAACAAUCGGGUUCCUCAGAAACAAAUGCAGCCAGAAGACAAACUGGAGAUCAAGAAGAAGAGGUUGAAAGUGAUGUAGCAGCUGGGCAGAGGUCCUCGCCACCUGCUGUGGCUACUUCGAGUAAGACCGGAGGUUCACCUUCGCGUCCUACCCUCUCUUCGACCCCUGUUUUCGACCCUGUCACAGGCCUCUACAUGCCCCCUUCGACUGCUCUCGAGAAACCCGCUGUCUACUCAAAGGAACCGAGUAAAACGAAAUUUUUCAGCAAGAUCGCGGUCCAACUGGAGUUCACAGAUGACCGUAAAAUUACGUGUGAAUGUCUCAGACCGACGGAAAGUGGGAUACGGCGGUUGUACGAAGGAGGCGUGCGGCGAUUGGCAGUGGCGCUAUCACCCACAAGGUUGGCGUCACCAGCAUGUUGCAGCUAUAACGGAAAGGCGAGUCCGGAAGUAUUAUUUUCACAGUUUUGAAAACAUUAGGAUUUUUUAGGAUUAGCAUUUGCUUCUCAGACAUAUUGUCGUUGUCGUUGCAUGAUUGAUGACUGACGAGUAAAGUGUACUUCACAAAAUGAAACUAGAUGGCACAACGCUACUACAUUACGACAUAAUAAGCACUAUUAAGAAGCUCAAAUUGACGAGUCAAUCAACUAAAAAUUUCACCCACCUCUCGUCCAGGACUUACUUUGGCCUUUUAUGUCCGACAAGUUCUGUUCCCGGUAUCAGCCUCAGCAGUACAAGCACGUGGUCGGACUCCAGGACAGCGAGUUUUUUACAAGAAGCUGGUGGACCACUGAGUUUUGUCUUAGUGCGGGAAUGUCGCAAUUUCACCUGACAAAGGAGCUCGAAAUCCACGGAAGUCGACUGGGACACGGGCAACUGAGUCCUAGUCACCUGAGCACGACAGGGACAGCACUACUUGCGACUGUGGAGGGGGCAUCCUGCAGCUCCCAUUUUCAGGUUUUCACCAUCAGUGCGCCAUGGCUAGGCGAAGUCGCAGACUUGAUGAGCUUUAAAGCAAUUUGACGUGUUUCAUUUUUGUAAGUUGUCUUAGUUCCUUUCUUGGUUUUGGAGUUUAUGUAUGUGACGGACCUUUGUUGAGAGACUCUGGAUUUAAUUUUAAAAUGUAACCAAAUAUGAUUUUAAUGUAAUUUUUGUGUUUCAGAUCAUUCUGAAUCUAAUCCCUCCUCCUCCGGUGGAAAGACAGGAGCUCCGGACGCAAAGACUGUGGGAGGUUCUGCUGGGAAUGACAUCGAUCUGGACGACCUUGAUCUGCGUGGUUUUGGUGGAACGUUCAAUCCCUUGUAUGUAGAGGGUUUCCAGGGAAAACUGUGGCACGAUCCGGAUAACGCAUAUGGAUGCAAGCCGUUCAUUAUGGGCAAGCACUUGCGGUAGUAGAAGAGGUUGUUGUUGUUUAGUAUCGUAGUAGAUGUCACAGUAUCAGUUCAUCGGUCUUAUCCACGCGAAAAGCGGAAUGGGUGGAGCAUCUCUAACAUUUAGUAUCGUUGUUUGAAUCUUUACCUUUUAGUAUGCUAGCUCAAGCUUCUACAAAUGAACUCGCUUGUGCGAUUGAAGUUGAUCAUCAUGAAGUAUCCACCUGCUCUGAUGAACAAGUUACAUUUACCACUUAGGAAGUAGUUCUUCACCUCUAAUCCAUAGAAGCCUGUGCCGUUUAAGAAUACGAUUAUCGUGGUGCAGAGAGGUCAUUGUUGGUUCCACGAGAAAGCAGUUACGGCUCAGAAUGCUGGGGCUGCAUCGGUGAUCGUCACCAACGACGAAAGACCGAUGGCUGAUGCUAUGGAGGUAUUGACGUUUAUAAAAGAAGUAGUACGACUGUGAUAGGUACAACAACAUCACGGUUAUUUGCGAUGACAUCAUACUCAAAUCAACUUUUACUUUCCAGAAUCACUUGGAGCAUAGCUGGUGGGCCUAACCUAUCACUGUCGAACAAUAUAUUCAGCAGAUUUUGUCGAUUUUCACGUUCACCACAUUCAAAACUGCAGGGCGUCGACAAUCUUGCAGCUCCUCGCAUUGUGUCUGUGCUCGUCGACGCAGAACUCGGCACGCUGCUUAAAUAUGCAGGUAUUUCGACGUAUCCUGAGAUAAAGGUGAUGAAAUACACGGAUGAGCAACAGCGGAAGCCACACACGACAUUUGUCACCCUAUACUGUUCCCCAGAGUGGACAAGACCAGCGUGUCCCAAGGGCACGACGGUAGAAAUCAACGUCGAUGGCACCUGGAAGAGGGGCAUCGUGCAGAAAGAGCUACCAGAUUUUCAAUCGCUCUUAGUGCUGUACGGAAAACAAGGAUCAGUGGAACGGGUACAACUACUUUUUUUAUCUUGGCUUUGUGAACUAGGGUUUAUGCCUAUUGUUGUGUUCUCUCAUCUUCAUGUAAUUUUGCAAGUUUAGGAAUUCUAGAACACGCUCUAUCAACCCUUCAAUUUUCCGAAAAUUGAAAAAUCGGUCAAAAGUUUUUAUCUUUGUCUUUCCAGAUCUGUCUCUCUCUUUCUUGCUAGAAGACCCCCAACCAACUACCUUAAUCAUGUCUUCAUCCAAGAUACCCUUAAUCAUUCUUCAAAAAUCUUCUCCACGACAGGUUGUCUCACGCACCUCCGCUUACCGCUUGCCUGAUUUCGUAUCCUGUUCCUCCAACCCCGUUCGAGUGGAGUACGUUGAGGAGCCAAAGAACUGUCAGUCAAACAUUAAGGUUCACAUCGCAGGUUUAUGCGGACACAACGCCUUGCUGCCUCAACAUGUUGCGACGACUGAGAAAAUCAAAUGCGGAUUGCCAGCAGGAGACUCGAGGAUCCUCCAUGUACGCAGCAGUACCAGUGAAGGAGGUGUAUCAACAGGCUCUGGGAGAAGGGAAGAACUCUGAGGAAAAUGUUGUCGCAAGUUCUGGUUUGUUGGGGCGAGUCUUUAACGUUGUUGUACUCAUUUUUACCGUAGUCGAAAUCGGACAUCUUUCACCAUUGCGGCAUAGUUUUUUUCGAAAAUCCAAGAUAAUCAUCAUGGCGGUAUGUGAAGUCACACCUGAAUUUUGCUAGUAAUUUACGUUGGCGCAUCAAGGACAUCAUACCAACCCGACCCUGAAUAUUGCCUCCCAUGGUAUUAACUGCCUCGUUCAUGCGCAUGUUAUGGCAGAAGAGGCACAGACGUCUACUUCCAGACAUUCCCUCCCAUUGAAUGACUCGCAUUACCCAAGCCCUAAGACAUUUCCCUCCCACCGUGACCUCUCACAUUUAAUGACUUUCAAAGGAGGUUAUGCUCAUGCGGCUGAAAGUACCUCUUUUUCUUCAUGCAGAGACGCCAUUUGAGAAAAGAAGAACCUUCGACGUUGGGUGAAAAUUCU